AUAUUUUAAUUUGACACCCAACAUCAUCAAAAUUAAUUCAUGACAUUAGUAAAUUUUUUAUUAGGCAUGUAAAUAAAGAUAACAAGUUCGUAGCAAUAAAAUUAUACCAGUAAAGUAUAAGCCUUUAAAUUACGGCAUCAGAAUAAAAUAAACGGAUAGACGUGUAGUAGAACGAGAAAUUAAAAUGACCACAGUCGAUGGAUCUGACAAAGUAACCAAAACGAUCGUCACUUCUCCGGAAAUUUAUAAACCCGUUGGACCAUACAGCCAAGCAAUCCUAUCUGGCAAAACUCUGUAUAUAUCUGGAGUCCUCGGGUUGGAUCAACAAGCUCAAUUAGUCUGCGGCGGCGCUGAAGCUCAAGCUAGACAGGCACUGGACAAUAUGAAACACGUUUUAGAAGCUGGAGGGUCGUCAUUACCAGGCGUCAUUAAGACCACUAUACUUUUGGCCAAUUUAGACGACUUUCAAGUAGUUAAUCAAAUAUAUGCCCAAUAUUUUCCUAAGGACCCCCCAGCGCGUGCCACGUAUCAGGUGGCUAGGUUACCGCUCGGAGCAGCCGUUGAAAUCGAAGCCAUUGCCCUCAGCGGGGACCUAGUAAUUGCUGAAGCAGGCCCUUGUCCCUGUGCUCGCCUAUAAUUUUAAACUUGCUUUGUUUUGAUUUAUGUAUUCGAUGUAAUUUUUUAUCCAUUUUCUUCGUAUGGUUCGUAUUUAACCAAAAAUAUACUUUACGAAAUUCUAAUUAAAUAUAUUUAGAAAUUUA